AUGACUCUCCGCUGUCUCCUCCUGUCCGUCCCGGCUGUCCUGUCGCUCCUUUGCAUUGCCUGGUGCAAUCCAACCUGCAAUAACGCCUGCUGCCGUUUCGUGGAGGGUUUCCCUGUCAGGCUGAAGAAGCUCCGAGAGGACUAUUCACAGAUCAGAGACUUCUUUGAAGCCAACGAUGACUUAGACACAGCAUUGCUAGACCAGAGUGUAGAGGAUUCUUUUAAGAGCCCGUUUGCCUGCCACUCCGUGAACAGCGUUUUGGGCUUCUACCUGAGCACCGUGCUCCCCUCAGCGCUUGCAGGAGUGACCGAGGACACCAAGGACUUGAUACCCCACAUGGAGUCCAUACAGCAAAUUUUCGACCAGCUCAAGAAUGAUGUCACCAAAUGUAGAAACUACUUCUCCUGCAAGAAGCACUUUGACAUCAGAGACCUAAACUCUACUUAUACUCAGAUGGAGGGUAAAGGUCUAUAUAAGGCCAUGGGAGAGUUGGAUCUGCUGUUUAACUACAUUGAGACAUAUCUGGCUUCUAAGCGACACAGAAGCCGGCCGGCCUCUGCCUGAAGACCCACUGACCGUAAUUAAAAUGUAA